CUGGUUGUGUUGCCGUUUAAAUUUGAAAAAGGGUGGUGCGGUAGUGACAUUGUAUGAAAUUGAAGGAAAAUUGUUUAGGGUCUCAGAGAUUUGAUUAAAGUGAUGAAAUGGAUUCCCCGGAAGCCUUAGAUGUAUCUAAAGAGAAUAUUCAGCCACUGAGGCAAGGAAGAAAUGCCUCACAACUGAGCGCAGCGCUUCAGGCACAAACAGACACAGCAGUUCUCCAAAACUUAGUGAAGAAGAGACAGGAAUAUGAAUUACUGCUUCGAACUUAUGAUGGAGAUGAUCCACUAAGUAUUUGGUUUGAGUAUGUUGAAUGGGUGGAGCAGAGCUUUCCAAAAGAUGGUAAAGAAGGAAAUCUGAUGACACUUCUACAGAAUUGUUUAACUCGUUUUAAGGAUUCAACGGAAUAUUUUCAAGACAUCCGGCUUGUUAAGCUUUGGAUAAAAUAUUUGGAGAAGCUGGAAAAUCCUUUAGAACUUUAUAGCCAACUUCACUGUCAUGGAAUUGGAAGCCAGUGUGCACUUUUUUAUAGGUAUUGGGCACAUGAGUUGUAUGAGAAUGAUGAUUUAAAGCAAGCAAACAAAGUACUCCUUACGGGCAUAGGAAGAAAUGCACAGCCCAUAGAUGAACUUAUACGUGCUCGACAAAACUUUGAAAUUGCUGUGGCACGACGUGUUUUGGAUAAAUCAUUGGCAGCACCUGAAGAAAAUGUUGUGGAGGAAGAGAGAAGAGUGGGCAAUGUUUUGACAACUUUUGGGAAGAAACACAAAGUUCCAAGUGUUCGCAUUGGUGGUAGAGUUAAGUCAAGUUUCCCUGGUACUCUACAUUCCAAAGAAAACUUUAUGCCCCAGAGAAACACAGAUUCUGUCAACAUAUAUGAGGCUGAAAAUGACCCUGGAAUAGCAAGGUCAGUGAAUAAAAUGCAGACUGUCCCACACCUUGAAAUGCUGAAAAAAGAGAAUACCAAGAAACCUACCCCAUGGAGUGGUGUUAAACAAAGAAGCACCUAUCACUUUCACCCUCCUAAACCAUCAUUUCAGGUUCUUAGUGAAGAAAAUGCACAGCCUGAGCCUUUAAAUACUAUGAUGUUUCUAAAUGCUCUGAAGCCUAAAAAGAAAGAUGAUGGAUUUAAUUGCCCAAUUGCAAUCUUUGAAGUUCCUAGUCCCAAUCAGCAGCCGAUGUAUCCAAAGGACCAGGUCUAUGCUGGUGGGACAGAAUACAGUCUUGAAGAACUUAAAGCAGUAAAAUAUAUGAAAUGCAAAGAGAGGAGGAACAAAGAACUUGCGAUUCCAGAGCGCCAGGAAGCGGAUCAGAUGGAAAUAACACUGUGUAUGCCUCCACACAGUGCAGAAAUAGAAAAUCUUAAUCCUGUAAUGGCAUUUGUAUCAGAGAAAAGCAGUGUCAGCAUUUCUAAAAAAGAGAGUAAUUCAUGUAAUUACACAGAAAACAAUAUGUUUGAUAAUAAGCAACAGUUGAGUGCCGUAUGCAAUAACUAUGAAAAGUGUACCCAUACGGAAAUCAGCACAAUUGGAAGUGAAUGUUACUCACAGGAAACAAAACUGCCAGAACAAUCAUCAGUGCCUAACAGUCAAUAUCAGCAUUGUGUGGAAGGCCCUACAAGCACAGAUUCAGCAGCUAAUCAUCUGGCAGAAAUGGACAAUUUGUGCCUUUCAGACAUUCGUAGUGUAUUGAGACCAGUUGUUAAGCAACGAGUCAUAGAUGGCAGUUGUGCUCCAGAAAAUUUUAAACAUGCUGAUAAUUUUGCUUCUUUGAACAAAGAUCAUUUGCAUUGUUAUGAAAACACUGACACUGUAUUAUCUAAUAAGCAAAGUUCUUAUAAACCUGCUUUGUUAUUAGCUGAAAAUGAGCAACAAAAAGAGAACAACAAAGGCACAUUCCUGGGGAAAGGGAAUGGGUAUUCAGUGCUUACUACAGAAGGUGGUGUAAGUCCUCCAGAAACAGUUACAGCUGUUGGUUGUUUCAUUUCUUUGAACAAAGAAGAAAUUCCUCAUUCCAAAAAUGCAGACAUUAUAUUACCUUCUAGUAAGCCCAGUUCUUGUAUGUCUGCCUUGUCAGUAGCUGAAAACGAACAGAAAAAACAAGUUAAUCAAGGCAAAUUUUCAUUGAAAAGUAAUGGUUUUUCAGUGCUUACUACAGAUGAUAUUGAUGCUCGAGAAACUGUUAAAGCUAGCAGUUUUUCCUCUUCUUUGAUCAGAGAUGAUGUGCCUUGUUCUGAAAACACAGACACUAUAUUGUCAUCCAAUAAGCAAAGUUUUUGUUCACCUGCUUCAUUAUUAGGUGAAAAUGAGCAACAAAAACUAAACCAACAAAGCACAGUUCCUGUGAAAGGGAGUGGUUUUUCAUUAUUUACUACAGAAGAAGAUAUUGGUGCUCCAGAAACAGUUAAAACUGGUGCUAUUUUCACUUCUUAUUUGACAAAAGAAGAAAUUCCUCACUCCAAAAAUGUAGAUGUUAUGUUAUUAGCUAGUAAACCAAGUUCUUCUAUGCUAUCCUUGUUAGUAGCUGAAAAUGUGGAGCAAAAACAGAUCAGUCAAGACAAAUGUUCUUUGAAAAGUAAUGGUCUUUCAGUGUAUACUGCAGUUGAUGAUAUUGAAACUCCAGAAGCCAUUAAAGCUGGUGGUUUUUUCACCUCUUCUUUGAGCAAAGAGGAAAUUCGUCAUUCCGAAAAUCUAGAUCUUAUGCCAUCAUCUAAUAAGUCAAAUUCUUCCGCGCCAACCUUCUUAGCAGCUAAAAGUGAGGAGCAAAAGCAGAUCAAUCAGAGUAAAUCAUCUUUGAAAAGAAGUGAUUUUUCAGUGUUUACGGCAGAUGAUGGUAUUGGUACUCCAGAAACUCUUAAAGCUGGCGAUUUUUUCACUUCUUUGAACAAAGAAGAAACUGCAGGCAUUAUGUUACCUAUAAAGCCCAGUUCUUGUACAUCUCCCUUGUUACUAGCUGUAAAUCAGCAGCAAAAACCUCAAAACCAAGGCACAUUUCCAGUUACUACAGGUGGUGUUACAGGUGCCCCAGAAACUUUUAAGGCUGAUAACAUCUUCACUUGUUCAAAGACAGAGGAGGUAGUGUCUUACUCAGAUAACAAAAACAAUGUAUUGUUAUCUAACAAGGUAGAGGGCUUGAGCAGUCCUAUUUUGAUGCAGGGAAAUGAGAAUGAGCAAUGUGGAGAAAUGCAGGAAGGAAAGAUUUCAGUAAAUGGGAACCAUAUACCAGAAUUUCCAAUAUUUAGUGACGAAGAAAAUUGCUAUGCAAAAGGCCAAGUGGGUUUUGUUAAAAUAGAGCAAGAAAAUGGGUUUUCUGGUUUCCCCAAUAAAAACAAAAACCUGUUUUCACAUUCAGUUAUGUGUGGUCCUAACAAACCGUUACAUGACGACGUGAGAUCUUUCUCAUCUACAACCAAAAAGAAAAAGGUACUACCUUUUCAGUUGUUCAUUGAUGAUGGUGAAGUUCCAGGAGAUAAUGAACCAUGUGCAAUAAAACGAGAACUCUUCAAAGAUGUGGCUCGUGAACCUUCUGAUAAAUUGUGUGAUGUUAAUUCAAAGGAAAAUAUGGUAUUGCUAUCUAUGUACACACCAACUAAUCGACCUAAUAUGGAGAAAAGAGAAAAAAAAGUGUGUGAGCACAUAGUUACAGCAUCCAUGUUAAAAUUGAAACACAAGAAAGCAACCGAACAAAUCAAGGAAACUGCUGCUGAAGAAUGUGAACAACAGGCUCCAGCUACAACGGUGCCUAAAAGAUCUGAAGGAUGUGUCCCUUCAUCCAUUUCUGCAAGCUCUGAGGAAGUGCUUAAAGUCAUAAAUGAAUGUUGGGCCAGCCCUCCAAAGGGUCAGAAGGAUUCAGGGAAUGAAUUAUGUCCUGAGCUUCACAGGCAGCCCGAAGAUAGAGAUUUUCAACUUAGUUCACCAGUAAAGCUGUCGGCUGCAUUAAGAGGAGAAACUGGUCUAUUUCCAGAGAACAAAGAAAAUGCUCUACCAAAGUCCACAAACCAAAAAGAAAAUGUUGUAGAUCCUACAAACACGUCUGUAAAUGAUGACUUUUUUGGGGGACCAAUGGGAGAACCCAGAGUAUUAGAUGAUACAUGUUGCUCACUGAUGUUCUCCAAAACUUUGUUAUCAUCUACACCAAAUAGAAAAUCAGGAGGUCCUUUGAGUAGUGACAGCAGUGAUACCAGUCCUCCCGAUAGUCAAGAAUUUAAAAUACCAGGAAGAUGCACACCUUUACAAGCUGAGAGAUUUCCUAUUAUGCCACGGCCAGAUGCUUUAAGUGUAAUUAUGGAAAGUUCAAAAGAGAACAAGUCACAAAGUUCAUCGGGAAAUAAUUCUGGCGGGAGAGGAACACAUCACACUGCAUUCAGUUUAGUGUCACCUCAGACAGAGAAUACACAUUCUGCACUGGAGAUGCAACCACCAUGUGAAGCACAUGCUGUAAUAAUGGCGAGAUCACUACCACCACAUGAUGAAGGCGAUUCUUCCAUAUAAAGCUGUCUGCACUUGAAUAUUCCUGAAAGACUACUUACCAUCAAUGUCAUUAAAAUACCAAAAUGCAUUCCAGUGGGAGGUCCUGUAGCAUUUUGAAGGCAUACUUAUUCCACUUCACUAUGGAUUAAAGUAAAUGCUGGUAUCAGUGUUACAUGAUUUUAGUUCAUGUAUGGCAUUCUUCACACUAGACAGAAAAUUUAAAGUUUCUGCUGAGUCGCGGGCAGGCAUAACAAAUAGAUUGCUACACACCUUGGCUUUUGGCCAAAGGGUAUUCUUGUAAAGUAGAACACACACACACACACACACACACACACACACA